AUUCUGAGUAGUCUAGUUUUUGGGAUGGGUCUUUUGUUUUGUAGGUAUGUUUUGUUUUUUAUUUAAAAGAUUGGCAUGUUUAGUGUUUCUUAACGGGCCCGCGCACUUUAAACAGGUUGGUUCUAUGCUUUCAGCUGGUCCAGACCCGUUUCCUGUAACCCAUUGAUUGCAGAUCGUGAGGUGCAAAAAUUUGACUGCUCUGGACCUCAAAAACUGUGGACAGCCCAAUAGCUAGUCCCGUUAGGAUAUCUCAACUUUUUUUUUUUUGAGUCAUCACUUCCCCCUGUCGGGGAAGAGCCGAAGAGGGUGAGGAAAGGAUGGCUUCCCCCUUGCGACGACUGCGAUCAUGGCGGGUUUCUCGCGGCGCCACCUCGCCGUGUUCUACGUCGGCGGCGUCAAUGGCAGCGGCCAGGACAACCAACACCCUCCACCGCCUUCUACCCCUUGCCCGCGCCGUCCACUCGUCGCUGCCGCCGAGCAGGUACGGCGAUCCCCGUUCGCCUCCGCAGGCCCGUCGUCCCAGCGGCGAAGUUGAGCUCUCUAAACUGGAAAAGACGCCCUCUGACCGUUUCGACGAGAUCGAAGCUGCCAUUCAUGCCAAUCUCGUCAACGACAUUGAGGCCUACAAAUCAAGCCUUAUGGCAGACCAUGGUUUCUUUGAAAGAAUGCUUACCUCUAUGGGGAUAAAAAAGAGUUACACUCGUGACCAAACUCUAUGGUUGUGCAAGCUGAUUCUCAUCUUCUUUGCCUCAGGGUCUGUUGGGAUUGGAUUUGCCAAGAUCGAUGACCGUCUGAAACAGGCUCCAUCAAAUGCUUUAUAACUGAGCAACAAACAUGUCUGUUGUUUGGCCUGCUUAAAAUUAAGCUGUUGAUCACCUCGCAACCUAUUCUGCAUUUAUCGGCCUGCCCUCGACGAGGUUGAACUCGAUUUAUCAGUGCUGUAGAUUGUCUGCUGGGAUGGUGUACGUGUGCACGGGCGUCUGCUCGAUGUGGAAACCGAUGGUGGCCGUUCAGAGCUUGGCGAGGGCGGUGAGGGCAUUGGAGCAUGUAGGCCGGAGAGGAUGAGGUGAGACAGCGGCGCUGGAUCCAUGGUGGGUAACAAGAGGCACCAGCGACAACCUGGGCAGCCUUGCACCGUUGUGCUUCAGAGCUCCAUCAGGAACUAUUUCUUUUACUCAUAGUAAAUCUUUUGUUUUUGUUUAGGGCAGUCAAGUCGGGCUUUUUUAUGUUUGUGUUUAGAUAAUUGAACAUCUACUUUGACCGACAUUACUACUGCAGUAUUGCAGCUUAUUACCAGAUCAUGCUCACGGGUUAAAUUUCUUUA